AUGUCAUGCCGUCUUCCGGGAAACGUGUCCACCGUCGAAGAGUUCUGGCAGAUGAUGUCGAGAGGACGGUGUGGGUGGUCCGAGAUUCCCCGGGAGCGCUUCAGCACGGACGCGUAUCACCAUCCCAACCCGGCAAAGAAGGGAUGCUUCAACGCGAAGGGAGGGUAUUUCCUGUCGCAGGACCCGGCACUCUUUGAUGCGCCGUUUUUUAAUCUCACGAGGCCGGAGGCUGAAGCUAUGGAUCCCCAACAGAGGAUGCUGCUCGAGUGCGCUUACGAGGCUCUUGAGAAUGCCGGGAUUCCCAAGGAGUCACUGGUCGGCCGAAAGGUGGGCGUCUUCGUGGGGGGCGCAGCAUCUGAUUAUCGGCUCGGGGCUCUCCGUGACCUUGACAAGACGCCCAUGUUUGAGACCACAGGAAACCACCAAUCGAUUCUCGCCGGGAGAAUUUCGCAUUUCUUCGACCUCCGCGGACCCAGCGUGUCGGUAGACACGGCUUGUUCGUCGAGCCUUCACGCUCUGCACCAAGCCGUGCUGAGCAUCCGCAGCGGCGAGUCGGAGCUAGCGAUUGUGGCGGCGUGUCAUCUCAAUCUGCAGCCUGACGACUGGGUGUCCAUGAGCCUGAGCCGCCUGUUCUCGGACCAAGGCCGGACCUACAGCUUCGACAGCCGGGCCAAGUCCGGGUUCGCGCGCGGGGAAGGCGCCGGGUGCGUGAUCCUCAAGCCGUUGGAGCAGGCUGUACGAGAUAAUGACUGCGUCCGGUCGGUGAUUGUAAAUACGGGGACGAACCAGGACGGGAGGACGAUUGGCUUGACGUCGCCCAACGGCGAGGCACAGGAACAGCUGAUGCGAGAGGUGUACAGCCGUGCCGGCAUCGAUCCGGAAGACGCCGGUUUCGUCGAGGCGCACGGCACAGGCACCAGGGUGGGGGACCCGAUCGAGGCGGCAGCCAUCCACAAGGUGUUUGGGAAAGGCCGGACAGCCAAACAGCCGUUGUACAUGGGUUCGGUGAAGAGCAACAUCGGGCACCUCGAAAAUGCCAGCGGGGUCAUUUCGGUCAUCAAGAGUAGCCUCAUGCUGGAGAAGGGAUUCAUUCUGCCCAACAUCAAUUUCGAGACGCCCAACGAGCAGAUCCCGCUGGGCGAGUGGAAUAUAAAGGUGCCAGUGAGCCAGAGACCUUGGCCGGUGAAGAAGAAAUACAUCAGCUGCAAUAACUUUGGGUUUGGCGGGUCCAAUGCCCACUGCGUCCUAGCAAGGCCGACCCGCCAGCUCUUGGGGGAGCCCCAGAGGGUCGGUUCGGAUGCGAACAACGACCGUCACGACGACGACUCUGCGCAGCGGCAAAGGCUCUUCGUGAUCUCCGCCAACGACGAAGCAGCAGCCACGCAAUCGAUGAAGCAGCUCAUCGUCUUCAUAGAGCAGCACCCAGAAGUGCUCCAACAGAGCCUGCCCCGCGACGUCGCAUACACGCUCGGCCAGCGGCGAUCCCACCUCGCGUGGCGCGUCGGCGUCGUGGCGUCGUCUCUGACCGACCUCGCAGCGACCCUCGGCGCGGGGCAUGUCAAGCCGAGCCGCGCGUCGCUGUCGCUGUCGUCGUCAGUGCGACCGCGCCGCCGCGUAGCCUUUGUGUACACGGGCCAGGGAGCACAAUGGCACGCCAUGGGACGCGAGCUGAACAAGUCGCACGCCGUAUUCGCCCGUGUUCUGCGCGCCGCAGAUGCUUAUCUGCGGGAGAAGCUUGGUGCUGACUUUUCCCUCGUUGACGAGCUGGACAGGGCCGAGGACGCGAGCCGCGUGGGUCAAGUGGACAUCAGCCAGCCGGCGUGCACCGCAGUGCAACUGGCGCUGACUGCGCUGUUGAGAUCGUGGGGGGUCCGCCCCGUGUCGGUGACGGGCCACUCGAGCGGGGAAAUUGCGGCGGCGUAUGCGGCGGGUGUGUUGUCUCUCGAGGCGGCCAUGGCCAUUGCUUACUUCCGGGGCCAGGCUGUGCUGCGGCUGCGCGAGAAGCAGAAGCAGGAGAGGCAGGAGAAGCAGGGGGGCCUCCGGGGCGCCAUGCUGGCUGUGGGUGCCGGGCCGGACGAGAUUGCGCCGAUGCUCGAGCGGGUGCAGCAGCAGCAGACCGGCACCGGCAUCGGCACCGGCACGGGCGUCGUUGUGGUGGCUUGCGAGAACUCGCCGCGGUCCGUCACCGUGUCGGGCGAUGCGUCGACUGUGGAGGAGGUCGCUGCGGAAGCGGAGCGCAUGCAGCUGUUCCACCGCAGGCUCCGCGUCGACGUCGCGUAUCACUCGCCGCACAUGAAGCUUGUGGCCGGGGAGUACAGGGAUUUGAUUCGGGAUUGUAUUCAGGAGGAGGUGGUGAGAGAGAAGGACGUGAGAGAGAAGGACGUGAGAUUCUUCUCAUCCCUGCAUGGCCGCGAGGUACGGGACCUCGCCACCCUCGUCGACGCCUCGUACUGGGUCGACAACCUGGUUAACCCCGUCCGUUUCUCGACGGCCUUGCGCGAACUCUGUUCCGCGGCUCCGGGUGAGGAGGAGGAGGAGGAGGAGGAGGAGGAGGAGGAUGGGCCACCGGACAUCAUCGUCGAGGUUGGACCCCACGCCGCCCUCCAAGGUCCCAUCAACCAGACCCUCCAGGCCAUGUCGUCGUCGUCCGACCUUCCUUCUUCUUCCCGCCCCCCUCAGCAGCCGCGAUACUUGCCCACGCUUAUCCGCAGCAAGAACGCCACAACGACAAUGCUCAACCUGGCAGCCAGCCUCUACACAGCGGGCCACGCGCUGGACUUUGCCGCGAUCAACGGCGAGGACGAGGACGAGGACCACACCCAGGGGACUCGCCGCCGGCCGUCCCUGGUCACGCUCAUGACCCCCUACCCCUGGACCCGACAUGCGCAGCGGCGGUACUGGACCGAGUCACGCAUGGCCCGACAGCACCGGCUCAAGCCGUUCGCGCGGCACGACCUGCUGGGCACGCUGGCGGACACGUCCAACCACGACGUGUGCCCGACGUGGCGCAACGUGCUCCGCCUCGACGACGUCCCCUGGCUGUGCGACCACCGCAUGAUGGGCCUGACCACGUUUCCGCUCGCCGGCUACGUGAGCAUGGCCGUCGAGGCGGCUGCCCAGCGCGCCACGCUUUUGGUGCGACGCGGCUCAGGCUCAGGUCCAACGACAACGACAACGCUAGCCUCGGCUGGUGCGCUAGAGGCUGGCAAGCAGCAGCCUGCGUUCCGGUUUGUGCUGCGGGAGGUGCAGGCCAUGCGGCCGCUGCUGCUGAAGAACGACGACGGCGACGGUGGGGAUGGCGGGGAGGAGUACGAGCUGGUGACGACUUUGGCUGCGUACGCCGAGGGCACGCGGUCGUAUUCGGACAAGUGGGACGAGUUCCGGAUCUGCUCGUGGCAAGAGGGCAAGGGGUGGACGGAACACUGCCGCGGCUUGGUUGGCGUGCGCGUGCGCGUGCGCGGGGGGGAGGAGGACAAGGACAAGGGCAUCAAGGGCAUCGCGGAAAAGUAUUCUCAUUCCCAUUCCCAUUCCCAUUCCCAGGCCGACGAGAUGAUGGUCGCGUCGGAUGUCUUCUAUCGAGAGCUGCAACAAAAGGGCGCCAUCUACGGGCCUGCGUUUUGUGGCGUGCGCGACAUCCGAUUCAAGACGGGUGCGGACCACCGCGCGGCGGUCGGUGUUUUGGAUGUGGCCGACACCACGUCGACUAGUAUGCCCCUGGCGCACCAGUCGCCGUACCUCGUGCACCCGACCCUCGUGGACCAGGUUCUCCAGGUGGCUUACCCCCUCCUCGGCGCUGGACGGGGUAAAAUGAAGACGCUGUACAUGCCAAACGCGAUCAGGGAGCUGCAUAUCGACACCGGGUUGUUGCCUCGGCAGGAAGUCGGCCAGUCUCUCCGUGUUGACGCCAUCGCUGGUGAUGGUCGUGAUGGUCCUGUGGAGGAGGCGCUUGAUAGGCCGCGGCAAACCGACUUUACGAUGCACGCCUUUCCUUUGACUUUGACGGACGACGGGGAAGAAGCGGAAGAAGCGGAAGAAGAAGCGGUACUGAGCAUCGUCGGCCUCCGGAUGAUCCCAGUCCGGAACGAAGCGGCUAGCAAUGACGACGAGGCUCCGCGGGAGCUGUGCUUCCGGCUGGAUUGGGAGCCUGCACCUGCACCUGCACCUGAGAAACGCACCGAGGACACCGGGAUCCAGGGAACUCUGCCCCUGCUGCCUGCUAUAUCCAUCGUCGUCGCGGACAGCACAUCGGCUGCAGAUGAUCAUCUCGUUCGCGCUCUGUGCUCCGCUCUUCUCACGCGCACCAGCACCAGCACCAGCACCGGCCAGCCACCGUCGCUCGUAACUCUGGCCAGCUUGGGCGAACAAGUCAACGUCAAGGACACCACUGCCUACGUCGUGCUGACUGAGCUGGACCUCGAGCUCGACCUCGACCUCGACCUCGACCUCGACCGACGACCUCUCCUUGCCGACCCGACCCCGGAAGCCCUGCGCAGCGUACAGACCCUUCUGCUCCGGUCGGCGGGCACGCUGUGGGUAACAUCGGGGGCCUAUAAAUCCUGCACCAACCCGGCCGCCAACAUGGUCUCCGGGCUCCUCCGGGCCGUCCGCUCCGAGACGGCAGCCAAGGCCGCUAUGCUGGACCUCGACCCGGCCUCCACGCUGUCAGACGCGUCACGCGCCGAGCUGAUCGUGCAGGUCCUCGAACGUGUCUUUUGUCAGAGCUGUCCCGACACAGCAGACACAGAAGACACAGCAGACACAGCAGACACAGCAGCAGACAUGGAAUACGCCGAGCAAGACGGCGGCCUCGUCGUGCCGCGCAUCGUCCCCGACGACGCCGUCAACCAACACAUCCACCAAGAGCUGUGCCCCUCCGACUCCGCCUCCGGGCCGCGGCCGCGCCUCCAGCCCCUGGAAGCCCAAGCGUCCCGUCGUCUGCACCUCGACAUCGAGACGGUCGGGGCUCUGGACACGCUCUACUUUGACGACGACGACGGCGGCGACGACAACCCCGAGGCCCGCCCGCUCGGCGACCACGAGAUCGAGGUCCGCGUCGCGGCCACCGGCAUGAACUUCAAAGACGUCGUCAUCGCCAUGGGCCAGCUGCCGCACCCGGGGUACCACCUCGGGGUCGAGUGCGCCGGCGUGGUCUCGCGCGUGGGCGCGGCCGUCUCUCCAGCCCACCUGGCCUGCGGCGACCGCGUGUGUGCCAUGACACAGGGGGCCUACAGCACGUUUGCGCGGUGUGCCGCCACGAGCGCCGCGCGCAUCCCCGACGACAUGCCCUGGGAAGACGCCGCGUCCCUCGCCGUCGUGUUCGGCACCGCCCACUACGGGCUCGUGGAGCUCGCGCGCCUGGCCGCCGGCGAGAAGGUGCUCAUCCAUGCUGCGGCCGGCGGGGUCGGCCAGGCGGCGGUCCAGCUGGCGAGCAUGGUGGGCGCAGAGAUAUUCGCCACGGUGGGCAGCCCCGAAAAGAAGGCGCUGCUUAUGGAGCGAUACGGCAUCCCAGACAACCGCAUCUUCUCGAGCCGCGAGACCUCGUUCGGACCGGCGAUACGCAAAAUUACGCGGGGCGUCGGCGGCGUCGACGUGGUCUUCAACUCGCUGGCGGGCGAGUUCCUGCGCGAGUCGUGGGAGUGCAUCGCCCCCUUUGGCCGCUUCAUCGAGAUCGGCAAGCGCGACAUCACCAGCAACACGCGCCUCGAGAUGGCCAUGUUCGACCGCAACGUCACCUUCAGCUCCGUCGACCUGACCCUGGUCGCCGCGCACCGCCCGGACCUCAUGGCCAGGACCCUGCACGCCGUCAUGCGCCUCGUCGCCGACAAGGUCCUGCGCCCCGUCUGGCCCGUCACCGUCGUCGGCCUGGGGGACGUCGAGAAGGCUUUCCGCCUGCUGCAGAGCGGAAAGACCAUGGGGAAGCUGGUCGUGGUCCCCAAGCCGGGCGAGCUGCUCCGAGUGACAGACCCCAAGCCAAAGCGAAAGCUCAACGGAGGAGGAGGAGGAAGAGGAGGAGGAGGAGGUGGUGGUGGAGGACCUCUUUUCCGCGCCGACGGCGUCUACAUCAUUGUCGGCGGCACCGGCGGCCUGGGUCGUUCCAUCGCGCGGUGGAUGGUGGCCCAGGGGGCCAGAAACCUCGUUCUCGCCUCCCGCAGCGGCAGCGGGAAAAAAGCCGAUGGCCCUGGCCAUGGCCCUGGCCCUGUCGCCGAUCUGGUCAACGACCUCCAGCAGCAGACCGCCGGGGUAAACAUCACCGUCAAGGCGUGCGACGUCGCCGACCCCCGCAGCGUCGAGGACCUGAUGAUGCAGCUAGGAGGCCUCCUCCCCAUCCGCGGUUGUAUCCACGCCACCAUGGUCCUCCGCGACGUGCUCUUCGAGAACAUGACGCAUGCCGACUACACCGAGGUCACCCGGGGCAAAGUGCUCGGCGCGUGGAACAUGCACACCGCGCUCGCCUCGGCCUCAACCUCAGCCUCAACCUCAGCCCCCCCGCUCGAUUUCUUCAUCCUCCUCUCCUCCGUCGCCGGAAUCGUCGGCAACCGCGGCCAGGCCGCCUACGCCGCAGCCAACACCUUUCUCGACGCCCUGGCCCGCCACCGCCGCCACCUCGGCCUGCCGGGAACCUCUAUCGCCCUGGCCGCCGUGCAGGACGUCGGAUACCUCGCCGAGGAGGGGGCCGGGCGCCAGGCCGUCGUGGCGCAAAACCUGGGCGGCGGCGGCGGGCCCGGGAACUUGAACUUCCUCCGCGAGGCUGAGGUGCUUGCCUUGCUGAAAGCCGCCGUGCAGGGCCGGUUCGACAACACGGGUGACGGUGACGGCGGCGGUGGGCACUGCCUCACCGGGCUUGGGCUUUCUUCUGCUGCUGCCGGUGUCGGUGUCGGUAACGAGAUGAUGAUGCCCUCAUUGCCCUACUUCGCCACGGACGCCAAGUUCCAACGCCUAAGAGACGCCGUCAUGGCUUCUUCCACUGUGAAUGCGCCGGAGCAGGAGCCGGGCGGCAAUCCGAGUCCGAGUCUAAUAAGCUCAAGUCUGUCUCUCCAAAGAUCCCUCGCGCGGGCGUCGUCGGAAAAGGAAGCGGUGGGCAUCAUCGUGACGGGACUUGCGGCGAAGCUGGCUACCAUCCUGAUGAUCCCCGCGGAGAGUAUCGACCCGUCGCGUCCGGUCACGGCGUACGGCCUCGACAGCUUGAAUGUGAUUGAGUGGAGGAACUGGAUCACCAAGACGUUGAGGCGGAAUUUUCAGGUGUUGGAAUUGUUGACCGCGGGGUCGUUGACGAAUUUGGCGGUGUUGAUAUGGAAGGAUAGGGCUAAGGCUGCACAUGCAUCAUAA